AUGGCUCCCAGCAGCCUUGCACCACCGCCCAUAUCUAUCACUCCCGUUAUCAAGACUCCAGACGACGACGGCGGCAGCGACGACGACGAUAGCCCUCAGGUGGAUUUGGAUUACGCCUUGUACGAGCGUAGGAGCUUACUACUUACACCAGACCGCGAUACUUUCUACGAUCCCAAUCGCUUAUCGCCUGUAGCUCCCACUUUCCAGAUCAACGACUUCUCCAGUCCUCCCAACAUGACGUCCAACUCGGGCGGUCCCAACGAAAAUGCUUCGCCAAUCGAUAUCCCCAGCUCCUCCAAUGGCGUCCCGAAUCCUUUCAACUUCCAGACCCAAGUAAUCUCCACCUCCCCCGUCAAGCCAAACGUUGGCCAGCGUCGUGGCCACAAGUACAAGCACUCGAGUAUCAGCGCCCAACACCAGAUCUUUCAAGAACCGCCGCCACGUCCACCACUUGCUCUGCCGCGAGAUCUGCCUAUACCCACUGUAAAAGAGGCUUGGAAGUCCAUGUCCAAGGACCAGCGCCACCGGCUGUAUUGGUGCAUAUGUCAUGGCGUCAUCGCCAUAUCCGUCUUCCUCUCCGCCCACGGCUCCCUCGCCAUGACGGCCCUCUCCCACCUAGUCUUAUUCGACGUCGGGUCUGCGCUCAUCUGCGUAGCCGUCGAAGUCCUAGGCAACUUCGAGGUGUGGAAACGGAGCAGCAUCCGGCACCCUUUCGGGUUGGAGCGCGCCGAAGUGCUAGCCGGCUUCGCCCUGAGCAUCUUCCUUAUCUUCGGCGGGUUUGACCUAGUUAGCCAUAAUUUGAAGCACGUCCUCGAGGGUAAAGGUGGGCACUCGUCGCACCACCCCGAUCCCCACGAGGGACUAGCCCCUAGAGUCCCACUCGGAGACGUUGAUAUGGCAAGUCUAGCCGCCAUCAUCGCAACCCUUGUGAGCGCGUAUGGUCUGAGAAACCACGCUCGCAUUAGCAAGGUCAUGCGUGUGAGCUACCUCGCCAGCUUACCCAGCGUCCUCUCGAAUCCCUUCCACUUUUUAACGCUCUCUACGUCUGCCCUUAUGGUGGUGCUCCCCCUUCUAUAUAUUCCCAUAGGCGUCCUUCUCGAUAGCACUAUCUGCGCUCUAGUCGCGAUAGCCAUGUUCGCGCUCGGCCUUCGUCUCGCCAUAGCCCAGGGCCUGAUGCUUCUGAUGAGCUACGGCGGACGCUCCGGGUCCGGACGGAACAAAGACGUUGGUGUCGCGGACGUAGUGCGUGAGAUCGAGGCCGAGCCGAGUGUUGAACGGGUCGAGGAGGCACAGUUUUGGCAGGUGCAUUAUGGUCUCUGCAUGGCGAACCUCAAACUCUCGGUUAGCAGGGGCGCCGACGACGCGGCCAUAAGCCGCCUUCGCGCUCGGAUAUCGAGCCUGAUCCAGAAUCGUCUGGGUGAGGGGUACGGCAAGGGCGGCAGCUUGAGAUGGGAAGUCAGUCUGCAGAUGGGCACAGCGGGGACGUACUAG